AUGGAUGGUAGAGGAGGAUGUUGCAUAGCCAGAUAUGGCGGUUACGGUGGUCGUUACGGUCUCUCCAAAGCCGACCGAAUCAUGCUUCGGUUCCGUCCUAUUGCCCCUAAACCUUCCAGCGACGCCGGAAGUAUCUCUCCCGGCUCCGCUGGAAAGUAUGUUUCCACCACAAAUAGUGGUGGAAGCUCCGAUGUUUCCAACAACAAGUCCGGAAGAGGAAAGAGGAAGUAUCAAAAAGAGAGUUCAGGUGGUAACUCCCGGAGGUGCAACCGGAAGAAAGCUCCCUACGCCGCCGCUACUAAAACAUCGGUUACGUUGUCUCUUCUACCAGAGACGCCUGAGAAACAACCAUUUCCAGAUCUGAACGUUUCUCCGGUGGAGAAUGAUCAUAACCACGGUCCAUUAUGGCUGAGUUUCAGCGGCGGAGACGGUGGGAUGCUUCCUCCGUACAAGACCGCCGAGAUUAUAAAACGCACGGUGGUGGUCUCGUCGUGCGUGACGGUGGAGCGUGUGACGGACGCUUGGAUCGACGGUCACGGUUUAGGGAGGACAGACGAGGAGAAAAAAAUGAAUCUCACGAAUGACACGUGUCCCGGUUUUAUAUCGGACGGUGUAGGGAGAGUGACGUGGACCAAUGAGGCGUAUAGGAAGAUGGCUAAGGAAGGUGCAGUACCAGCGGGGGGCGUGAGCUAUUAUUAUGAUGAUUUUCACGUGAACGUAAGGUUGGUGAUGAAGGAGAGGCCGAUGCUUACGUACCCUGCGUUCACAUGCAGAGUGAGAGUUCAGUACACGUGUCGAGAUCGUGAGAGAGGAUCGGUGACUGUGCCUUGUGACGUGUGGAGGAUGGACGGUGGAGGUUUUGCGUGGAAGCUUGACGUUAAGGCUGCUUUGUGUCUGUGA